AGGUGAUGGACACAUGGUCAUCCUUACCCAAUAUACUAUGAAUUUCUUUUUACAAAACAAGAAUAUAGGGUAUAGGGAAUCGGCUUUGGAGAAUAACGAUGAGUCCAACCAACCUCACAGGCGCAGUCGAUUAGACCGUAACGGUUCAUUGAAAAUAUAAUAAAGCUAGCGGUUCCUCGGGCCCAUCGGAAAUCCGUCGCCCACGGAUUUCAGCCCUUAAAAGUCACAAUCAAUUUUCCAAAGUCGUUAAACUGGACCGGACUGGACCCAAGUUUCAAUGACCGGAAAUUCCUGAUCCGCAUCCUAAUUGACAUAUGCCCUUCCGACCCUCCCAUUUUCCACCACGUAGCAUUAUUACUAUAUUGUGAACUUCUUAACCUCGCCUCAGCUUUUUGUCAGCUCCAAGUUCCUUUUUUUUUUUCUUUAUUCCAUUAGUUGAGAUGGCUUCGACCACUCUAAUCUGCGAUACCCAGCCAUGGAAGGACUUGAAGGCUCAUACUGAGGAUAUCAAGAAAACUCAUCUUCGUGAUUUGAUGAACGACAAAGAACGAUGCGAAUCGAUGAUGGUUGAGUUUGAUGGAAUGUUUUUGGACUACUCAAGGCAUUGCGCCACUCUUGAGACCAUGGAUAAGCUCUAUAAAUUAGCAGAGGCUGCUUCUCUCAAACAACAAAUUAACCGAAUGUAUAGUGGCGAGCAUAUAAAUAGCACAGAAAAUAGGUCAGUGCUUCAUGUAGCUCUUCGAGCACCAAGGGAUGCUGUUAUAAACAGUGAUGGAAAGAAUGUGGUGCCAGAUGUUUGGAAUGUUUUGGAUAAGAUCAAGGAUUUUUCAGAGAAAGUUCGCAAUGGCUCCUGGGUUGGAGCUACUGGGAAACCACUGAAGGAUGUUAUUGCAAUCGGUAUUGGUGGCAGUUUCUUAGGUCCUUUAUUUGUGCAUACUGCUCUCCAAACAGACCCUGAGGCUGUUGAAUUUGCAAAAGGACGCCAACUACGUUUCCUAGCAAAUGUAGAUCCUAUCGAUAUUGCUAGAAAUAUUGCAGGAUUAAACCCCGAAACAACACUUGUUGUGGUGGUUUCAAAGACUUUUACAACCGCAGAAACUAUGUUGAAUGCUCGAACAUUAAGGGAGUGGAUUUCAUCUGCUCUUGGGCCUUCUGCAGUUGCAAAACACAUGGUGGCAGUCAGUACUAAUCUUACGCUUGUUGAAAAGUUCGGAAUUGACCCUAAUAAUGCAUUUGCAUUCUGGGAUUGGGUUGGUGGUCGAUACAGUGUUUGCAGUGCAGUUGGAGUGUUGCCUUUGUCUCUGCAGUAUGGUUUUUCAAUAGUAGAAAAGUUCUUAAAGGGGGCUUCAAGUAUUGAUGAACAUUUCCGUUCAGCUCCUUUUGAGAAGAAUAUACCUGUACUUUUGGGUUUGCUAAGCGUAUGGAACGUUUCAUUUCUUGGAUAUCCUGCAAGAGCUAUUUUACCAUACUCCCAGGCCCUCGAGAAAUUUGCUCCACACAUUCAACAGGUCAGCAUGGAGAGUAAUGGCAAGGGGGUGUCAAUUGAUGGUGUGCCACUUCCUUAUGAGGCUGGUGAAAUUGAUUUUGGUGAACCUGGAACGAAUGGCCAGCACAGCUUUUAUCAACUAAUCCACCAGGGACGUGUAAUUCCUUGUGAUUUCAUUGGUAUUGUGAAGAGCCAGCAACCUGUGUACCUUAAAGGUGAAGUUGUGAGCAACCAUGAUGAGCUUAUGUCCAACUUUUUCGCACAGCCGGAUGCCCUAGCAUAUGGAAAGACAGCAGAGCAGUUGCUGAAGGAGAAUGUUUCGCAGCAUCUUAUUCCUCAUAAGACGUUCUCUGGGAAUCGGCCUUCUCUCAGUCUUUUGCUACCAUCUCUUAACGCUUACAAUAUUGGGCAGCUCUUGGCAAGCUAUGAACAUAGAGUUGCUGUUGAAGGUUUUGUUUGGGGCAUCAAUUCUUUUGACCAGUGGGGAGUUGAGUUGGGUAAGUCACUAGCUACUCAAGUCCGAAAACAGCUUAAUGGAUCACGUACAAAAAGUGAACCUGUUGAAGGCUUUAAUUUUAGUACUACUACGUUGUUAACAAGAUAUCUACAGGCAAGUUCUGAUAUUCCAGCUGAGCCACUCACUCUUCUACCUCGGAUAUAACUGUCUUGGUGCUGUCGGCCUUAUUGCGGUAUGCCUUGCACUACAGCUUCAUCUGUAGUUUGUCCCCAUGUUAAGAAGGUUUUCUGGACCUUUUUUGUUAUGUUUGGUAUAUGCGGAGAUCCAUUGAACCUUGUGGGUUAUACGGUGGAUUUUAAUAAAUUUACAACGACUGACUUGGAAUACAUUUCCUUGCGGCUAAGAGUAGCUCUUUCAUAAACUUAUAAAAGAAUAAUAAUAUAAGUGGCUUUGAAUUUGAAUACGCCAGCCUAUGGCGGGUGGCCUAUUGGUUUUGGUAUAA